UCUGUUAACUGGGUUAACUGGGUUUAUAUCUGGGUUUAGUUAUGGUUUAUGGUUAUUUUAAGGGGUUAUAUCUGGGUUUAGUUAUGGUUUAUGAUAUUUUAAGGUUAUGGUUAUUGUUUUUGGUCAUUUUAAGGUUAGGUUUAUUGUUUAUGUUUAUUUUAAGAUUAGAUUUAUGGCUUAUGGUUAUUUUAAGGUUAGGGAUAUGGUCAAGGGUUAAUUGUACCAACUCUACUGUCAAAAGGACGUUGCGAUGUCGAAGUCCAAUCUUCCUCCGAGUUAUGAAGAGGCGGCACAUCAUCAGUAUGGCUCUCCACAACAGGGUGCUGGGUAUCCAUAUCCUGCGUACGGCUAUCCUCCGCAGCCAGUGGUCUACGGCGGCCAGGAGCAGCCUGGGGUUCACCCUUCGGCCGGGCCGUGGUACGGACAAGGAUACCCAGCCUCUGGGAUGCCAUCCUUCAUACCAGCCUACGUUCCCUCUGGGAUGCCUUCCUCAGACCCAGAAGUCAGAGAAGACUACGCAGCAGAUGGAUUAUGGGAAAGCAGGAGCGUCCGGCAUGCGUUCAUCAGAAAGGUUUAUCUGAUUUUAGCAGCGCAGUUAACAGUCACUGCUUCAAUAGUAGCUGUCUUCACAUUUGUUGAUCCUGUCCGGCUGUUUGUAAUCAAGUAUCCAGCUAUUUAUUGGGCAUCAUUUGCUGUGUACUUUGUGACGUAUCUUGUGUUGGUGUGCUGUGAGAAGCCACGGAGACGAGUUCCAUGGAAUUUACUCCUCCUUUUUGUAUUUACUCUUGCCAUGUCCUACAUGACAGGAACACUAGCGAGUUAUUUUGACACUAAAGCAGUGUUCCUGGCACUGGGGAUAACAGCAGUGGUGUGCAUCGCUGUCACAAUCUUCUCUUUUCAGACUAAGGUGGACUUCACCUCCUGCACUGGUCUGCUGUGUGUUCUGGGAGUGGUUGUUUUGGUUACAGGAAUCAUUACAACCAUCGUUCUCUCCUUUCAGUAUGUUUCUUGGCUUCACAUGCUCUACGCUGCUAUUGGAGCUAUAGCCUACACUCUGUUUCUGGCGUAUCACACUCAGGUGCUGAUAGGAAACCGCUCUCACACCCUCAGCCCAGAGGAGUACAUUUACGCAGCUCUGUCUCUUUACGUAGACAUCGUCCAGAUCUUCAUCUUCCUCCUGCAGAUCACAGGCAGCUCCUCAGACUGAACCCUGUGUUUGAUCAGAACUCCUCUUAAUGGCGCUGUUAUCAGCAGGCAGGAGUAAUGGAUUACAGUCUGUUGUGUUGAUUGUACAUCAUAAAGAUGCUUCUGAACUUCUGUAAAA